AUGAAAUCACGACAUGAAAGUGAACCUAAUAUUGUUACCUACAAUUGCUUGAUUGAUGGUUUUUGCAAGGCUGGUGCAAUUGAGAGGGCCCAUGAGCUUUUGGAUCAGAUGUACAAAGAGGGGGUGAUGCCAAAUGUGAUUACACUUAAUACUUUGGUUGAUGGCAAGUGUAAGCAUGGGAGAAUCAAUAGUGCAAUGGGUUUCCUUAAUGAAAUGCAGCAAAAGGGUUUGAAAACUAAUGCAAUUACUUACACUAUCUUGAUUAGUGCUUUCUGCAAUGCCAACAAUAUUGAUAAGGCUAUGGCAUUAUUUGAUGAAAUGUUAAAAACCGGGUGUUCCCCACAUGCAAUUGUGUACUACUGCUUGAUCUCUAGUCUAAGCCAGGCUAGAAGGGUGGAUGAUGCUAGCUCUGUGGCAUCAAGUCGGGUUCGGAAGAAUAGAUUGGAGAAAGCUUAUGAGAUGCUUAAGGAUUUAGAGGAAGCUAGAGUGAAGCCUGAUAGUGUUACAUACAACACUUUGAUUUCAUAUUUCAGUGAAAUUGGAGAUCUUAGGACGGCCCAUACACUAAUGAGGCGGAUGGUUAAGGAAGGUCUUGUGCCCAUCAUUGUUACUUAUGAAACACUGAUUCAUGCAUAUUGCUUGGUGGGCAAUCUUGACGAAGCAAUGAAAAUUUUUACAGACAUGAGUUCUGCAUCAAGGGAUCUAAAAUUGGGUUUGCGGAAUGCCGACAUAGUUACUUCUUCCACCAUUGCACAAAAAGAGAAAAACGAAAAAUCUCAAAAUAAUAUUUAA